AUGGGCUCCGUGGCCGACACAAUGCCAACUUCUAAACACUUGGAUCCUCACGAAGCGCCUCCUCAGAAGUUGAGAGAUAUUUACAAAUCAUGGUCCAGUGCCACGGCCAUUACUCCAGAGCGUUUGAAGAACGAGGUCCUGGAUACCGAGCCCCUCAGGGCUAAUGCAGGCACUGGAAGUAUCUCGCCCGAACUCUUAGGAGAACACUUCAGGCAGUUUCUGGCUAGUAAUGAUUUCCAGACUGGUGCUAGCGGAGAUUUUGGGCUUGGAAAUGUCUCUGGUCUCGCCGUCUCAGCUGAUGGUAUUGAUAUGGCUGCUUGGAAAGCAACCGCAUAUGACAUUGAGAAGAUACCUGGUCUCAUGGUCUUCCCCUCUCUUCUCCCACCAUCGGUCCAGCAAAGUCUACUCUCAGCCCUCCUCCAUCGAGAGCUCUCAAACCCAGAAAACCAAACCAACCUGCAUCUCCACCACACUAUCACCUACCCACCCAACAAAGCUUCAUUCUUCACCACCGAUCCAGAAGAUUCUCUCCACCUACCCAAGGAUCACGCUACCCACAAGCCCCUCUCAAAUCGAGCUGUCCUCGAAAAAGGCCUCCACUGGGUAACCCUUGGCGGGCAAUACGAUUGGACAAAGAAAGAAUAUCCAACAGGAACUCCUCCUAGAUUCCCCCCAGCAAUUGCUCAUCUCAUCCACUCUCUCUUCCCAUCCACAACCCCCCAAGCAGCAAUCCUCAACGUCUACACCCCUAGAGACAAGCUCUCUCUCCACCGCGACGUUUCCGAAGCCGUUAAUCGGGGCCUCGUUUCCAUCAGUCUCGGCUGCAGCGCGCUCUUCGUCAUCGGCCUCAAGGACAAGACUUCGGGCGUACUACACCACGAAACAAUACUAUUGAGAUCAGGAGAUGUGGUGUAUAUGGACGGCGAGUCAAGGUAUGCUUGGCACGGCGUCCCGAAGAUCAUCCAAGGAACUUGUCCGAAAUAUCUACAGUCAUGGCCGGGAAAAGACUUUCCGGCGUAUGAGGGCUGGAUGGGGAAUAGGAGGAUCAAUUUAAACGUAAGGCAGAUGUUUGAGUAA